UGCAGAAAACUAUCUGCACAUCAUCGACUUCUUCAUAUGGAGGGAUGCUUGUGAGCCCCGAGGAUCCAGCAAGACAAACCUUUAGUUUGUUUCACUGUUUGAAAAAAAGAGUUAGUUUUGACAAAUUAUAGAACAAAUUUUAUUAUUAAAAAACAAAUUUUCAGUUUUCUUACUGAAGUCUUACUGAAUACCAUCUAUACAUUAGUAAACAUGAUCUAAUUGAUCUUUUAAUUAGAAAUAAGUCAUCUAUUUACCUAGAACCUUGACAAGUAAAUAAAAUAUUUGAUGUAACAAAUUGAUAAUGUUUUGCGCUUUCUUUCCUGCAGAUGUAGCAUGACAAAACAUAAUAAGUAUCACCAAACACUUCAUCUUGCUCAGAAAGCUGAUUGUAAACACAGACUAUGUAGAAAGUUUAAAUUGUUUAACCUGUUUGUUAAGUCCAGAAAUGCUUUCAGUUUUAUGUUCUUGGGUGUGUUUAUUGUGGUUGACAGAAAACUUGUCAGUUUGAUUAUUUAGUAACUAUGGAGCUUUCUUCAUAAUAAAACUCCAGUGGAACUUGACUUGUUAUUUAAUGGUUUCUCACUUUUAGUAGAAAAUGUAGUUGCUCAAGUGCAACUGAACAGCCUGAAGUGACCCAAAUCCGAUUAUUUUUUUUUGCCUUCAUGCAACAUGUAUCUGAUCUUGUCAUGACAGUCAGACAAGAUCAGAUACAUGUUGCAUUUUUUACAAAUGCGACCCAGACUACUUUGAUACGUGUUCCUAAAUCUGAUGUGUGUCUGAUCUUUUAAAAUGGAACCUGUGUCUGUACGGCCAGGUCACAUUCAUCCGACCUAUACGUCAUUGAUACUUGACAAAAGUCAGUUCUGCAUCCUGACAUGCGGAAACGGAAGAAAAAAUAACAACCAUGGCGGACGAUACCAAGGACUAAGCUGUUAAUGUGACUUUGAGAAGGCAAGAUAUGCUCCAUCAGUACCAUUUAUGUUUAAAAACGAAAGCAGAAAAAAAUCAAGACUGAGUCAAGAGAAAGUGCAGCAACAACAACAAAAAAACAAAAGCUAAGGUGGAGCACGUUACCUGUUUGACAUCAAAUCCAGUUUGUUGAGAUCAGGUGUAGAAGAUAUGAAGUAUGUUUGCUAAACAGUUUCAGGAAGCAUCCUUAAAGACUGUGGGAGGGGCAGGUAAUGUAACUGAAGGCGGCUCUUGUUUCAAGUAUCUCCAGUCGCUUUGCGUUGAUCUUUGGUUUUGCUCUCAGCUUAACCGAUGUACUUCACUCACAUGAUUUAACAGCUUGGUUUUCUAGAAAAGAUGUGGCUUUACACAAACAAAAUAGCAAUAUUGCUUCUUCUCUGCCAGACUUCAUCAUCAGUCAAAAAUUCACUGACAUUUUUUGCCAUUAUAUCAACUGGGAUCAAAAAUCUUCCAAACCUGUUUACAACAGUAAUUGACGACAUCCAAGUGGAUUACUAUGAUGGCAAUGGAGUUAGAAAACAAAGCUCAAUUCUCUGGAAGAACAUUUCAAAUUCCUCUCAGUCGACGAUAUUCUCUGAAGAAGCAUUAAGGUCUCUGGACAACCUUUUGACAUCCUACUUAAAUAAGACAGCAAAUCUAAACCCAACUGAAGCUGUUCAUGUUUUACAGUGCAUGACCGGCUGUGAAUCGGAUGAAACAUCUGCUGAAGUUGUCAUUUUUCAGCAGUGUGGCUACAAUGGAGAAGAUUUUAUGAAAGCAGACUUCAAAAACCUGACUUGGAUUGCUCAGAGUUCUUUGGCUAAAAACAUUACACAGGAACUGAAUGUAUACCAGCAUCAAUUUCUGUCACUGACUUGCCCUGAAAUGCUGAACGAGUUUGUGAAUCGUAGCGCUCUGCAGAGAGAAGACUUCACUUCUGUCACUCUCCUCCAGAAGACCCCUUCCUCUCCUGUCAGAUGUUUUGCCACAGGUUUCUACCCAAACACAGCCGAGAUGUUCUGGAGGAGAGAUGGAGUGGAGAUCCAAAAUGAUGAGGAGCCCAGUGAGAUCCUCCCAAACCACGACGACACUUACCAGAUGAGUGUUGACCUGAAUGUUUCAGCAAUUGCAUCUGAAGACUGGAAGAGAUAUGACUGUGUGUUUAAGCUCGGUAAUAAAACCAUAGCAACCAGACUGAAAAAGGACAUAAACAUUACUGAGGAUGCUUCAGAUCCAGUGUCUCCUUCCUCUUCCUCCAAGUUUCCUCUUGAUUUGGCCAUUGGACUUGUUGUCGGAUUGAUUCUGUUGUGCUUCUGCAUAACUGGACUCUUUCUAUGGAAAAAUUCAAUAAACGCCUCACAUUUCAAUCAUAGACCUUCAUAUCCCAACUAUCCAACCACCAUACGAAAUUGUCAACAUCAUUGUGAUUUAGAGUAAGUUUGUGAUCAAGGUUUGUGUUUUGAGUGGGAUCAAAAGAACGGAUACAGAGCUGGAAUUACAAAUAAUGUUAUUUAACCAACACUACCUGUGACUCCUUCAAAAUAUUAUGGUGUGACGUCUCUUUCAGUGAACAGUAAAACAGGAAACAUACUGGAAAAUAGUAAUAAUUUGUUAGAUAUUUUGCUUUAACUUUUUUUUAUGAACUGAUAUCAAAGUAAUCUUUUAAUGAAUGAAAGAAGACAGUUUUUAAGUAUUUCGAUUCAAUAACUUGUGCUGCUCUAUAUAGCUAUGAUUUUCUUGAAAUAAUUUGGUUUGUAUGGCAAUUACAAAAUCACUAUAUUUUCGGAAUUAUAUAAUUCUCAAUUCGCUUCUUCUUGUUCUAUAUUUUGAUCAAUGUUUCUGUUUAGUAUGAUAUUAAUUAAAGGGUAUAUGUUGUCAUCAUA